UUUCGUGCUCCAUGUGUUUUGGCUUUUAUAGUUUAUCUUGAUUUUAGGUCGGCAAAAAUGAUCUUGUACUUCAUUCAAACAUUCUAUGAAGUGCUAGAUUUCAGCUCUUAAACUUAAUUUGAUGGCCUUUUUUUGCGAUGGACCAAGAAUAUUUGAUGCAGCUGCAAUGAUGGAAUUUACAUUGUCUCCUUGGGAUCUCAUAAUAUAUUAGGUGUAGGCCUUGAAACACACCAUUUAAUGCUUAUGAUUCCUCUCUUCCAAAAUAAAUAAGUUGAAUUAAUGUUUUUAUUAAUGACUAUUGAUUAAUCUAUAUAUUACUGAAUGGAGGAAAGAUCACAGAUUAAUUUGAAAAAAUAGAGGUAAAAAACGCAGCAAAGAAGUCUUGAAAAAACUAAUGUGCCAGUAAAGGUCUUGUAUUCCUUUAGUUCUAGAAAGGAGAUUUUUCCAUCUCAACUAGAGUCUUGAAACAGAUCUUUAAAAUGUAAAUUCAGUAUUACUUCUAUCUAUAUUAAUUUGGUUUCUUUUCUAUGGUUUUAGUAAACAAUGAAUUGUUAACUAAUGGAACAUGAAAAAAUAAAAUACCCUAGAAAUGAAACUUACGGUCGUAAUUUUGUGGGAAGAAGAGUAUACAUUAUGUUGAUGUUUGGUGCAUUAUGUCUGAGUCAUAGCACUUGACGUGUACACCUUGAAUCUUUAGUGAAGGUGAAGAUAAGAGAAAUCAAGUAAUAUAUCUGGCUGUCCAAAUUCUUAAGCAUAGUUCUAGCUGCUAAAUCUUGGCUGGUGAGGAGUAGAUUGUUUUCGAACUUUGCAUGCUGUAUGGUUUCAGACUUCUCUUAGGUGUGCUCUGUCUAAUUUAUAUCGGGUAGUCGCUCUUACAAUUGAAUCCAAGUGUGCCGAGAACACACCAUGGUUAGAUUGAUUACUGAAGUAAAGAAAAAUACACAGAUGAAAAUAAAGUUGUCUGUGACCAUGCAAUUUGUGCUUGUAGUUUUAGUUAAUUAUAAUUUCUCUUUAGCUAGAGAGAAAUAAUUUGAGGCAAUGACGCAUUGCUGUUGCUUUUCUCUCCAUGUCCUUAUUGAUAACAUUGAAGAUUUUGCUCCAAUAAUAUAUACUCCUACAGUAGGAUUGGUUUGCCAAAACUAUUCAGGGUUGUUCAGACGCCCAUGGGGAAUGUACUUCAGUGCAAAAGAUAAAGGAGAGAUGAUGUCCAUGAUCUAUAACUGGCCUGGUCAUCUGGUAUUUUGGAAAUCUAAAAUGCAUUAAUGUGCAGUUUUGUUCUCUUUAUUGCUUUUACCUCCUUCUUGGUGAUACAUUAAGAGUGCUUUGUACUUGUACCAGAUCAGAUGGUAAACAAAGCAAGGUAAAAAAAUGUGUCCAGUGUAGCAUUAUUGUUUGCUGUGAAUAAUGAAUAUACACAUUACAAAAUGAGCACAUUUGCUCGCUUAGAAAUGAAAAUUGGUUCAGCACUCCUUGCAGCUUAAAGGUUAUGUUCAUCAUUGCACUUGACAUAUCAUGGGUAUAUGGCUUCUUCUGUAUUGCAACAUGAUUGUCCUGACUGAUGGUAGCCGCAUUCUUGGUCUGGGUGAUCUUGGGGUACAGGGAACUGGAAUACCCAUUGGAAAUCUUGAUAUGUAUGUCGCUGCUGCUGGAAUCAAUCCACAGAGAACUGUAAUAGGCCUUGAAUACUGCAAUACUGGAUGCCUCUCUCUCUCUCUUAACACAUGCAGAGAGGAGAGAUUUGGGACUUCGGCACCCUCAGUUGGAAGGAGAGGAGUAUCUAUCAAUUGUUGAUGAAUUUAUGGAGGCAAUUCACGCCCGUCGGCCCAAGGCUAUUGUGCAAUUUGAGGAUUUUCAAAUGAAGUGGGCUUUUGAAAGACUGCAACGGUAUCAAAAAAGGUUCUGCAUGUUCAAUGAUGACAUGCAGGGAACUGCUGGUGUUGCACUGGCAGGACUGCUUGGAAGCGUAAGGGCACAAGGUCGACCAUUGACUAACUAUGUGAACCAGAAGAUAGUUGUAGUUGGAGCUGGAAGUGCAGGGCUUGAUGUUUUUAACAUGGCUACAAAGGCUGUUUCAAGAAUGGCAGGAGCUGAAGCAAGUCCUCAGUUUUUCCUACUUGAUAAAGAUGGUCUCAUUACAACGGAAAGGAAGGGUGCUGAUCCAGCUGCUGCACCAUUUGCCAAAGCCCCUGGGGAGAUCAAGGGUUUGGGGCUUAGGGAGGGAGCAAAUCUCGUUGAAGUGGUUAAAAGAGUGAAGCCUCAUGUGCUUCUUGGUUUGUCUGAAGUUAGCGGCAUCUUCAAUGAGCAGCUGAAUGCACUGCUGUUGAUGCUUUCAAUCAUGCUGGAGAAAAUAUAGUUUUUGCAAGCGGGAGCCCUUUCAAAAAUGUUGACCUUGGAUUGGGAUGGGAGCUCCUCUCAGGUGCUCAUUUGAUUUCAGAUGGAAUGUCGCAAGCAAUUUCUAAAUGCCUUGCUUCAUAUAUUACAAACAAAGAGAUUCAGAGUGCUAUUUUGUAUCCUCCUACGAGAAGUAUUUGAGAUAUAGCAGCAGAGGUUGGAGCUGUUGUUGUUCGAGCAGCAGUUGCCGAAGAACUGGCAGAAGGACGUUGUGAUGUGGGACCCAAAGAGCUCAGGUAGAUAUCAAAAGUAUGGAUAGUUCUCGACUUUCUUACAAGAAAAAU